GAAAUGAGAACCAGCAAUGAAAAUAUAAUUACUCCUUUCCGAAAGCUGAUCUUGUGUGCUGAAAACCGCAAGGAGAUGGAAGAUUGGAUCGCAGCAAUGAAAAGUAUCCAGAACAGGGAUCACUUUGAGUCAACCCAGUACAGCAUGGACCAUUUCUCAGGGAUGCACAACUGGUAUGCCUGCUCACACGCACGGCCAACUUACUGCAAUGUGUGUCGAGAGGCCUUGUCGGGGGUUACGUCUCAUGGAUUGUCCUGUGAAGUGUGCAAGUUCAAAGCUCACAAACGCUGUGCUGUGAGAGCAACCAACAACUGCAAGUGGACAACUUUGGCCUCAAUUGCUAAAGAUAUAAUUGAAGAUGAAGAUGGGGUCUCAAUGCCACAUCAGUGGUUGGAAGGCAACCUGCCUGUCAGUGCAAAAUGUACUGUCUGUGACAAAACAUGUGGCAGUGUUCUACGCCUGCAGGAUUGGCGCUGCCUGUGGUGCAAGGCGAUGGUACACACAGCCUGUAAAGAAAUGCUUCCGAUUAAAUGUCCUCUAGGACAGUGUAAAGUUUCUGUUAUUCCUCCGACUGCACUCAACAGCAUUGACUCUGAUGGGUUUUGGAAAGCAACGUGCCCACCAUCAUGUACCAGUCCACUUCUUGUGUUCGUGAACUCUAAAAGUGGCGAUAACCAGGGGGUGAAGUUCUUGAGGAGAUUCAAGCAGUUGCUGAACCCGGCUCAGGUGUUUGACUUGAUGAACGGAGGCCCACACCUUGGUUUGCGGUUAUUUCAAAAGUUUGACACAUUUCGAAUUCUUGUGUGUGGUGGAGAUGGCAGCGUUGGAUGGGUGUUGUCUGAAAUCGAUAGUCUCAAUCUCCAUAAGCAGUGCCAGAUGGGAGUUCUACCUUUGGGAACGGGGAAUGACCUGGCACGUGUGCUUGGGUGGGGAUCAGCCUGCGAUGAUGACACUCAGCUUCCUCAAAUCCUGGAGAAACUGGAACGAGCAAGUACAAAAAUGCUGGACAGAUGGGGUAUCAUGGUUUACGAGACAAAAGUGCCGCGACAUUCCUCAUCUUCAUUAGGGACAGAGGAUUUCAGUGAUGAUUCAGAGGUACAGCAGAUUUCAUUCUAUGAGGAUUCAGUUGCUGCACACCUCUCAAAAAUCCUGACGUCAGAUCAGCAUUCGGUGGUAAUAUCAUCGGCAAAAGUACUUUGCGAAACAGUUAAAGAUUUUGUUGCCCGGGUUGGAAAGGCUUACGAAAGGACAACAGAGAACUGGGAAGAAUCAGAGACUAUGGCGAGAAAGUGCUCUGUCCUCAAAGAAAAACUGGACUCAUUGCUUAAAACACUCAACGAUGAAUCCCAGGCAGCAUCAUCCCUACCAAACCCACCGCCAACAAUUGCUGAAGAGCAGGAGGAUUGCGAGACAACCAAUAUCAUGUGCGACCUGGCUGAGGACAGGCCAGCCUGUUCCCCCAGGCCACAGAUAUUCCGGCCAAGGGAGCAACUCAUGUUGCGAGCAAAUAGCUUGAAGAAGGCAAUACGGCAGAUUAUAGAACAUGCAGAGAAAGCUGUGGAUGAACAGAAUGCACAGACACAGGAUCAGGAAGGUUACACCUUUGGUCUCUGUUCAGAGGAAGAAAGGAGAGAACCCCAAACUGAAGACAAGAUCUCACUGCACUCCUCAUAUAGUGCCACUGUUAAAGGAAGGGUCUACCGGAAAGUGCCAAAGUCUCCCUGUGAGAGGAGGAUCAGUAAAGGAAGCUUAUCAAUCGGCAGCUCUUCUUCACUUCCUACUCCAACAGCAAAUCGAGAUAACUUGCCAAUGCUUAACUCCAAGAUUCUUUACCCAAGUUUAAGAGCUGGAUUGGCUGCUUCCUUGGCUGGCGGAUCUGUCAUCAGCAAAAUGUUAUUUGUCCAUGCUGAUACUGUGAACCCGGAACCUGAUGUUCUAAAUGGGUAUACGGAAAAAUGUGUAAUGAACAAUUACUUCGGUAUUGGAUUGGAUGCAAAAAUUUCUCUCGAUUUCAACAAUAAACGAGAUGAACAUCCAGAAAAAUGCAGGAGUCGUACUAAAAACAUGAUGUGGUAUGGAGUUCUCGGAACUAAGGAGCUGCUGCACAGAACCUACAAAAACCUGGAGCAGAAAGUACUAUUGGAGUGUGACGGACAGCGCAUCCCUUUGCCAAGCCUGCAGGGUAUUGCAGUGCUAAAUAUCCCCAGCUACGCUGGUGGCACCAACUUCUGGGGCGGAACCAAGGAAGAUGAUAUUUUCACAGCCCCUUCUUUUGAUGAUAAGAUCCUGGAGGUAGUGGCUGUGUUUGGCAGUAUGCAAAUGGCAGUCUCACGAGUUAUCAACCUUCAACACCAUCGAAUUGCUCAAUGUCGUGCCGUAAAGAUCACAAUCCUCGGUGAUGAAGGGGUACCAGUGCAAGUGGAUGGAGAAGCAUGGAUCCAAUCCCCUGGCUACAUCAAAAUCAUUCACAAGAACCGUGCACAGAUGCUGACCAGGGAUAGGGCUUUUGAGAGUACCCUCAAGUCUUGGGAAGACAAGCAGAAAUGUGAACUACCUCGCCCAUCCUCUCAACAUGCCUUGCAACCCGAGACAGUUUCAGAAGAAGAAGCUGCUGAGAUCAAUCAGUUUGGCCGAGCGGCUGGAACGCUCAUUCACAGGAUUCGGGAGACAGCACAGCUGCAUCAUACCAUGGAGCAGGAGCUUGCACAUGCAGUAAAUGCCAGUGCCAAAUCCAUGGACAAAGUUUACGCAAAGUCAAAAACAACUGAGGGCCUGAGUUGCAGCCUGGUGAUGGAAAUGGUCAACAAUGGGAAAGCUUUACACAACGAAACAGAGCUUCUUCUGGCAGGCAAAAUGUCUCUGCAGUUGGAUCCGCCUCAGAAGGACGAACUCACUGGAGCUCUGGCUAAUGUGGACCUGCAGCUUCGGAAACUAGCAGAGAUUCCUUGGCUAUGUCAGCUUAUCGAGCCAAGUGAUGACGAGGGCCAGUUAUUGGAAUAUUCUAAGCGCACUCGUAGUGCCAAAUUUCGUCUUGUGUCAAAGUUAAAAAAAGAGAAAAACAACAAGAACAAGGAAACCAGGGGGAAUAUGGGACUACCAGUGCAUCAGUGGGGUACUGAGGAGGUGGCAGCCUGGUUAGAGCAUCUUAGCCUGUUCGAGUACAGAGACAUCUUCAUCCGGCAUGACAUCCGUGGUUCAGAGCUCUUGCAUCUGGAGAGACGAGACCUGAAGGACUUGGGGAUAGCGAGAGUGGGCCACAUGAAGCGAAUCCUACAUGGAAUCAAGGAGUUGAGCCGGAAUACUCCUGUCAGCGAAGUGUGAUGUAUGUGUUCAACUCCUGCAUAUACAGAGCUACCUAAACUUCCAGCCCAUUGCAUUGAGGACCAAAGAGGCUAACCUUGGGCUUUAUGCAUCACCGUCAGCUAAUCGGAGAAUGUGGCCUUGAAACAGCCAACAAAUAACAAAACCGUAAGAGAUCUGAUUAAUAAUCUCCCACCCAGUAGAAAGUGGGAACAAGGCUUAACCAAUCAAACUGAUGCUGCGUUCAAGGUAAAAAUCUGUUAAAUUGGAAUUAAAGUUACCUCAAGCAAAUAUCCAUGGCAACCAGUUAGAUUGGAUUUAACUCUGAAGAUCACCUAGGUCUCAGGCUGAAUGUGAUCUGUCUAAAAUUUAACAGUGAUUGCAAUGAAGAGGAAUCAUGAUCCUUCGACUAAGGAAUGUACUGCACACCAGUGACUUAAUCUCAGAAACUGUUUUCAAAAGGGACAAAGCAUCUCUUUAUUAUGUAUACUCAGUGAUUUAAUGAAACUGUAAUUUGGACAGAACCUGUAGUAUUUCACAUCCACAGAUAUUAACUGAACACUUCCAUAUUGUGAUCAGUGACAGUUGUGGUUUGAUUGUGGAGCCCUCUAUUUCUCUCUCGUCAUAAGGGCUAUUCACACACCUUUUUCAGAAUACCAACUUUAAAAACAUGGAAGUGCUAUUACAAUGUCUUCCUGCAUUGAUUGUCCUCGAAACCGUUGGUGUUGACGUGUUGUAUCUCAUUGCCUUGGUAACUUAGAGACAUUUAUGUAUUCCAGAGUGACAAGAAGCAAUCUCAAGCUUGUGCAUGUGUCUUAGGUAGAACAGCACUUAAAACAGCACAGCCCCCUAAUAUAUUCUAAACCCAAUCUAGCUCUUCAACAGUAGUGCAGUACUCAUGUGUUCUUACAUGAUGCAGAUUGGAAAAUCAAAGAAAUGUGAUAACCAGUCCUGAAGUGUUUUGAAGUUUCUAGAAUAUUUGGAAGUCAGUCCUGAAGUCUGUAUGGUAUCUGGAAAUCAGUCCUAGAGUGUCUGUGAUGUCUGAAAGUCAAUCCUGAAGUAUUUGGGAUGAAUGACAGCCAGUUCUUGAAAGUUUUGGAAUGUGCACCUGUGUGUGUGUCUGUGACAGAAUCCUAAGAAAGAUUUACAUUUAUAUCACUUUUUAUGACCUCAUAACAUUCCAAAUUACCUUACAACCAUCAGGUUCUGUUGAAGUGUAGUCACUGUUGUAGUUUAAGAAAUGCACACAGCAAGUUUCCACCAAGAGCGAUGUGAUACUAAAUAGGCAGUCUGUUUAUAGCCAUAUUGGUUGAGAAAUGAGUCUUGCCCGAGACAGGGGAGCUCCCUGCUUCAGAUAAUGUUUUGGAACUUCUGUGUUCACCUGAGAGGGCAGACUCAUUUAAAAUCUCAUUUAAAACUUGAUACCUGCAACAAUGCAGCACUCCUUUGAUAAUUCUUGAGUAUUUGGGAUGUGAGAGUGGAAAUCCCAUUGUACAUGGGAUGUGUGACAGUGAAUCCCAGCAUAUCUGAGAUGUGUGAGUGAAUACCGGUGUAUCUGGGAUACGUAGGAAUGAAACCUGGUGGAACUGGGAUGUGUAAGAGUGACUUCUUGUCGAUCUGGGAUGUGUGUAUGUGAGAAUCCAGGUUUAAUUGGGAUGUGUGAGAGUGAAUCCCAGAUUGUCUGGGACGUGUGUAAGUGUGUGACUGAGUAAGAGAAGCCACGUGUCAGUGGGAUGUGAGAGAGUAAAUCCUUGUCAAUCUGGGAUGAGUGAGAGUGUUUCCUGGUGAAUCUAAGAUGUUUGAGGGUCAGUGCUGCAGUGUUUAGGAUGUCUGAAGAAUAAGACAAAUAAAAGUAACCAACGUUUUCAGGGAUUCUGAUUUUGUUGUAUAUAGCACAACGUCAUACUCCUCAUCAUGAGCUGAUUGUUGUCCUUGAUUUUGCCCAGUAUUUGCAAUAUUUUUGCCAUUUCAGUGCUGGAAGUUAUUGAGAUUUGUGAGCAAACACGUUGACCACAGGAUUUUGUGGCACAGUGCACUUCCUUCAAGAUUUGUUUGCCAAUGUUUUUUUAAUGUUCAAUCUUCCUGCAGUUUUGCACAACCCUCAGCUUGGAAGAAUAGAACUGGCUGAGAAUUCCUCUCAGAAUCUCUAAUAUACUGUCAACUUAAAUAUUAUUGAGGCAUCUCCAAACCAAUUGUUCUAAUCUUUGUAUCUACAUCCUUCCAUGACCUUUUCCAUCACUAUUUCUAUAUCAUUCUCCACCCAAACUCCCCAUUCCAGUUACUCUAUCCUCAUUGUCUGUCUCACCCAAACCCAUUCGUGCAUCCUGGUGUGCAUGCCUUCAGCCUUCUUGGUCCGGCUCUCUGGAGUCUCUUACCCUUGUCUCCUAUAAGAGUUUGCUUAACAUGUAUCUCUCUAAUAAAGCUUUUGAUCCCUCCUUGAUUAACUUUUCCUUUAAAUUAUUAUUUUUUUUAUUUCCCUGCAUGUCUUCGAGUACCUUUUUGAUGUACUUUUUAUCUUGGAGCUGUGUUAUAAAUACAACUGUGGCCUGCUGCUCUCAAGUUCAUCAUUCCUCUGUUUAAAUAGUGGAACUCCCCAACACUGGAUUCUUAUAUACUGUUCCUAGAUACUUUUCAUACCUGGGUUAUCCCAAAUAAUGCACCCCUCCUACAUCACCACCCUUGGUCCGGCAACUGUCCUUAAUAAACACAUCUUUUACUCCAAUGAACUUUAUUCAGGUGAACUAAUUCUCACCAACCUGCUUUAUCUUGCAAUUUUUGAUGCAGUUUGCCUUGGUGCUGAAUUCCUGUGCAGGUCAAGCAAUGCAUUUAGUUGUUUCUCACAGCAGAAACAUUAUCGGCUUCACUGCCAGUCAGCUUUUCAUAGUGGAACCCACGCUAUUUCCCACACAAUCGUGUCCAGGUCAUUAACGUUGGUGAAUUCUCCAGGCUAUGCGGUUGAAUAGCCGAAUCCAUUCUUUGCUUAGCCCAAUGUCCAUAGGCAAUUAGCCAAAAAUUAGCUAUUAGUGGGAAUCUGGCAUAUUACAUGUAUAUGAAAAUGCUGGAGUAGCAUUUCCACACAGUGGCCAAUGAAUCCUCCUAUUUUUAUAGUUUUUGCCUCCAUGAUUACAGCCCACCCAAUGUAAGUUUCACAUCUCAGUGACUAGCAGGAAAAAUUAGUAUAUUCAGAGGGAAGUAUAAAUUAACAAAUUAAAUAAAAACAUAGUUUCAAAUUAGUCAUAAAGCAGAUCUUUGAAAAAAAAUUAAGUCCAGUCAUUCUGCAAUUACUAUCUGAUAGAGCUGUGAAAAUGGAAUUCAACAAGGAGGGAAAUCUUGUUAUAAUUAUCCCAGAUUCAGAAAGUACCCGACAAUCAAAAAUCAGAACAAAGACCCAAUGGCGUAAGACGUUUUAUACAUAUAACUCCACAUACUAUCAUUUCGCCUUAUCAAUGCACCGCAUUACCACCUUUUCAACAAAUCAGCAAUGCUAUAGUCCCAAAUUCACACCAUGUGUUUCCAUCUUUCUUGUCUGCAUUUUCAUGUUUUACCCCUCCUAUCUUCACACCACCACAGCGCUCUGUCCUACUUAUCCACCUUCCUGCGUAUGUAACUUACUGUCUUUAGGAGCACAUACCUCUCUUGACUAUUUGUACUUUUGAGUUCCAGACCCAUUAUUUGGGCAAAACCACCACCCCCUCUUAGUGCUAACAUAUACUUUUCUAGAAUUGACUACACCCUAGUAAGGGUGCAAGGCAUUUCUGUUCACCUUCUCCCUUCACAAAUUUAUCUAAAUCAUUCAUUCUGUUGUUUGGAAAUAUUUUCGACUGAACUGCCAUGUAAGUGACCUCUGCUGCUGUAAAUGAAGGUGCCAUAUUGAAAACACAACAUACAUGGAAUAAGAGACAGUAGGAACUGCCGAUGCUGGAGAAUCUGAGAUAACAAGGUGUAGAGCUGGAUGAACACAGCAGGCCAAGCAGCAUCAGAGGAGCAGGAAGGCUGACGUUUCGAGUCGAGACCCUUCUUCAGAAAAAAAAAAAAAAAAUUUUUCUGAAGAAGGGUCUCGACCUGAAACGUCAGCUAUACAUGGAGUAAGGAUGUUGACUUUAAGAUGUCAGUUUUCACUCUCAUCACAGCUACAUGUUGUAAAUUCACCACUUUUAUUAUGAGAUAGGUAACCUUUUGUAUGGCAAUGCAGAUUACUGUUUAAUGCAAAUAUUGUGGUUUUAUGACCUGAUUCCCCUCUUGUUAAAAAAGAGUACCGAGUAAGAGAUACUUAAGGGUUAAUUAUUUUUUGCAUUUUGAGGAAUCACUUUUAACAAAAAAGAUUAUCAAAGUCGUUAACGCAAAUAUAAAAACAUCACUCUCAUUCAAGAAUAAGGUAGAUGUUGGAGCAAGAGAGAAUUUGUUGAUGGAUUAAUAUAUUGUUAGCAGGGAAAUGUUGUAUUAAUGGGAAAAUUGUGUCUUAACAGAGAAAGCGGGGUGGUGCAUUAACGGAGAGGCAAAAUCAUAAUGGUGUAUUAAGGGAGACACUGAGGGCUGAAUUUUCAUUCAUGAUCCCAAAUAAAAUAUCUGUUAUCCCUGCUGAAAUAAGGUGGGAUCACAGCGCACAAUGUCGUCAUACUGCCUUGGCAUGGAUUUCCGUCCCAUUGCACCAAGGUUAGUCUAAUUUUUUAUUUGUCCACAUUAUGGAGAUGGUGAUUGGAGGAUAGUAACCAGGAGCCCACUGGAAUUUCCUGGUAUCUGUCUCUCUUAGCACAGCUUCCUGGCAGCACUAUAUGGAAGGUGACAGUAGGCCCAAGAAACGAUGGUAAUAGCCUUGCAGUCCAUCAAAGUAAAGAGGAGGCUUUUAAGCAGCCUCCCUCACAUCCAUUCUAGUUUCCAUUUAUCUUCCUUGCGGCAAGAAUUCAAUCAAAAACCUGCCAUACAUAUCAGAGAGCCUACCAAGGCAGGAAAUUGUUUUGAUUUGGGCCAAAAUUGGAGGGGCAGGCAGGAUUCCUGCCCAACCUAAACCAUACCCCAGAGAGAAGAACAUAAAUAACUGAAUAGAGCAGCAGUGCAUUAACGGUGAGAAACAAAUGGGUUGAUGAAGAAACAUGGUACUUUAACAUAGAGCAAGAAAUAUUGCAUUAACAGCUCUCUUGUUUUAAGCGAGAUUAUGUUUUGACGCAGUGAAGUCUGGGCAGUUAAGCUUCCUACUAGUAUGACAGAUUGGAUUUAAAGUACUUUUAAAGCUUUUAAUACUUCAAUAUAACUGUUUGACAUAUAUUGAGACUGCACUUGCAUUCAGAGGGAGACUGUUGGUUUCUGUUGAAAGGCGUCCAUAACUCUUGUUAAAUAUGAGACUGUGUUACUGCUUAGUUCUGUUUAAAGGAAGAUUGCAGUUCUACUUAAAGGGAGAUCACAACUCACUGCCCUGUUCGAAGGUAGCUGCUCAGUACUGUUGAUGUUUUUGUGCCUUUGUUUGCCAGCAAAGGAUCUGGCCUGAGACUCCAGACUUGACACAGAUGAAUGCAGGUUUCACUGCACCUCUGCCUUAACUCGCCAAGUGACUGAAUUCCUUGUUAUUUACCUCACUCUCUGGAACACUGUUUUAUUUAGAGAGCACCCAAUGGACCAGGUUCUCUGGGUUCUGUCUAUCUUCUGCCUCUCCAUGAGGUCUGCAUGUUGUAUUUAUUCUUAAUUUAUAUAUAAAUAUGGUUGUGACUGUAUUUUUGUACAUAAUUAAUUGUCAUUUGAUGUAUAUAUUUCCUGUAAAUACAAUGGGAUUGAGUCCAAUCUUCCAGUAAAAUGUUUUUUUCUCAGUU